CCAGAAGUCUGUGCCUAUUGUGCAAAUGCCUCAAAAUCCCCCCCAUGGCGGCCCAAGUGCCCACGUAACUUCCGGAGCCCUCAAGGCGUGCCGACGUGACAAUAUUCUUCUUUUGUCAGUGCCAGCCUAGGUGCUUAAGGUGUAUGUGCCCGUAGUGCGCUGUCUCUGCCUGACAGACAUAGUGGCUUUUCUCGAACUGCAGUGGCCGUCGACCUCGUUUGUUGUUCACUUCUCUACCUGCUAAUUCGUCUUCGUCUUCGAUUCCGGGCUGGCUCAAGAUUGUCCUGCGAACCUGGCUGGCAGCGCGACGUCGGAUCCCUGGUCUCGAUGAGCGCACUGGACUCGCCUUUUUCAAACGAGACUGGUUGAUAACCACACGGGCCAACGGGUCUCAGGUCACUGCUUGCGACUGUUCGAGUCUCCCCUUACCUCUUGAUUGCGAGCGAGCAGACCUUGUUGGCGACGGUUGCAUCUUCGCCAAUGACCACCCAGCCUCUGCCGCUGGAUGAUGGCUUGCUCACGAUACCGAAGCGGCUCUCCACCGUUAUCCAGAUCAAAGAGGUCCCGUUGGCCUCUCCAACAAUGGAGUGGCCAGAAGAAACACCGCAAAGCUUUGUUGAGGUCGUGGGAAAGCCUGGAAGUGAAACCUUGGACAGCCAAAGAUCGUGGGCGGGAUUCUGCUUGAACAGACCGAGGAGUGGUCAGGGUUGGCUUGCGAAAGAGAGGCCAUCGAAGCGGUUUACGAGGAGAAGAUCCUCAUUGAGCUCGAUUGAUGGAGACACUGGAGAUGGUCCGGACAACUUCUACCCUAGCCGACGGCCGUUGCUGACACUCCCUCGCUACGGAAGUGUUGAUAACGCAGCCUCCUCAGACAGACAUCAAAGGAUGCCGAGAUAUGAACACAAGGACGAUGUGCGAGCUGUGUGCAUCCCCGUAUCAACAAGUGUCCCAAUUCCUGGAGCAGGACCGCUGGGCGCAUUUGGUUCACAACCUUGGUUGCACUCCUCUCCCUUGACCGCACAGUCUCUGGCCGCCUCUUGUGGAGUUGUUCCUCCGCUUACGCCCCCUGAAGAAUCCGCCUCGUUUGAUUGGGAAGCCCCGUCGGUUUUUGAUUCCGAGGAAGGCAUGCGAACAGUCAUGGACAUCGAGGGGCGAUCUGCUCGAAAUAACCAUGCACCAAAUUCCUCGAAUCCCACGUCCAGACCUUCAGAGAUACAGAUGCCGGCAAGGUCAGAUCUGAACCCGGAUGAGACAGGCCGCUCUAACUGGCUUGGACGAGCGUGCCAGCAUCUAGUUUCGGCUCUGGGCGAUGCGAGCAGCCAGCAGCAACUUCAGAUGGUUGUCCAGGCACUGCCGUCACAGGCAAAAUCCUCGACCACGCGGCCUGUCUUUGAAAAGGUCGUCGAGGAAGUGCAAGGACGUUCCACAUACCCGCCGUACAUUACCAUUACCCACGCUGUCUCGCAGGUCAUUAGCAUGGACGAAGUCCCGGCGUCCCCUCCCGCCACGCCCAACACGAACUACUCGAGCAGCGACGACUAUUUCCAAGAUCAGACCGUAUUCACCCAUGCUGCUGCUGUGCCCGCCUACCAUUCCCAGACCCAGCUGUCCACUGCUAGUGGUUCGAGGUCCACCAACAUCAUCGCAGCACCGAGCAGUAUUCACGUGUCCAUCCUUGAACGCUACCUGCCUCCCACGACGGCUCAGGAAGUUAACGACUUUUUCACCCUAAGCAAACGAUCCUACCUCGCCGAUCGCCUUCUCGAGCUUUCGGCCAAUAACGGUAGCCUGCUACUGGUAUAUCCUACCAAGUUGGGAGGAUCGACAUUUGCCAAUAAAUACAUCGGCCCUGUUAUCGAACCCUUCCUCCGUCAAUUCAUCUUGUUGAAUAGUCUUUACAUGGAGCUUGCGAUCCAGCUGGGGCGAAUGGCCGGUGUGGCAGGCAUGAAGAGUUUUGAAGAGAUGCGGCAGUUGCUGGAGGCCAUGUGCCGGGAGCUGGGACAAAGAGCUCCCUUGCGUGGGUUGCCCAGCCGGUACGACGUGGUUCACGCGGAGACCGCAGAAGUGGUACUUGACCGGGCGCUCUGGAAAGAGUGGUACGUCGAACAAGAACAACCUCGCCUGCGGCAGAAUCUGGUGGACUACCACAAGUCUGGGGGCCGGAUGCCGGCUCGACGGGGUCAAAUCGAGAUCACUCCAGGAAUGCUGGCACGAGAGGUGGUGGACGGCAUCCGCCACAGCCGGGAGCCCGCCGGAGAGGCAGCUAUAGAGAUCGGCGUGUUUGUCAUUCGUCGAACUCUCGUGUGAGUGAGUCAACGAGGGUGAACCCUUUUUGACACUUUCUUUGGGCUGGGCUCAGCAAAAGCAAUGAAUGCAUUUGGAUCAGCAAGGUGUUACGGGAGCUGCAUAGCAAUGACAGCAUGGAAUGUGUGGGAUCAUGUUUCAUCCCUCUUCCGGAGUUACAGGAAAUGACGAGAGACACGAGAUACCCGGCGAGCUAUCAUUUUGGCUACCUUAUUCAGCAUGUCGUCUUUGGUCUCGGGGGCGGAAAGUCGAUUGUGCCUAGGUUGGUUGGAAGCUUGCAAUAUCAGUGAUAAUGCCUGUUUGUUGGGGCCCAAGAGUUGGUCAUGGAUGUGGAAGGGCGAUACCUACAAUACCUGGGUAGUAGUAGUAAUGAAGGCGAGAUCAAGAAUUUCCACCGCGAAUCAGAACAUGCGCAGAGUAGAAUCCUAGUGGUCUCUUUCACAUACUAGUAGCCGAGAUUACUUUGUGCCUCAAGUGAUGGGCUUGCG